GAUGCGCACCGUCCAUUUUAAAUUCCCACCAGGCGGAAGAAGGCUGUCAGAUGAUAUCGUCAUGAGGUCCCUGCGUGUGAUAGACUACUCUUAUCUCCUAUCCAUGCCCAAUCGCAACUCCAACCGUAAAGCGUUCCAAGGGGAGUGCACUCGCAAGUGUAGCUAUUGCUUUCGCUCGGAGACGGUACACGAGCGGCUGCAGAAAUGCGCGAAGUGCUUUUCUAUCCUCUACUGUGGUCGAGAGUGUCAGAAGAAGGACUGGGCUCAUCACAAGAGCCUCUGGUUCCCUCCUGAACCCCAGCGCAUCUACGUUCGAAAGAUGAUGUUUGAAAUUCCAAAGGAGAAGAUACUGCUACACUACUUGAUGAUCGGGAUUGCAAUUGAGCUCUUCAACCGCUCUCCGACGUUCCCAGAUCCGAGGACGCCUUGCAUUGUCACCGUCAAUGUUAUCCUCCACCCACUCACCCCCAAGCACUUCAACUGUCUCUUUAUCCCUGAGAUACCAUUUGACCCUCUCAUCAGCAUUUCUAUGCCAGGCACUAUCAGGUUAAUCUCAAUCCUACUUGAGAAUGUGGCCGACCACGAAAAGUUACGACGCUCUUGGGAAGAUAACGGCCAAUUGAUGGACCGUAACCCACAUCAUUUAGACGCCCUUUCGGUCCUCAUUCGAAUGAAUUAUACGGCUCAUAGCAACAUGUUAGCCUAUGUCAAUAUGCCGCUCACCCCAUCGGACUUCGACUCAGCGAGAGAGGUGGCAUUGAGGAGAGAGCCUACGGGCAGAGUGGGGGGGAUUACUUCAGAGAAUCCCAUGCUAGGCCGUAUAAACUUGGAGCUGAGUAAAAUGAAGAUGAAGAGCCAUCCGUUGGCGGUCGACGAUAAGAGGCUUAUCCGAGAUUGGGCAAUCCGCGGACCCCGUGGCGACCAAUA